CCAGGACCUGAAGCUGGACCGGGGCCUGGAGCUGAGUCUUCUUUGUCCUCCUGCAAGUUGCUCACUUUGCACAGGGAGGUUCUGGUGAAUCAGGUGAAGAACACUCAGUGUCUUCUGGAUAAUUUAAAGCUCAAUGGAUUCUUCUGUAAUGAAGAUGUUGAGCUCAUUCAGCGUUCAGCUACUAAAACAGACCAGGUACGUAAAAUCCUGGAGUUUGUGCAGAGCAAAGGAGAAGAAGCUUCAGCAUAUUUUAUUUAUAUUCUUCAUGAGUUGUACGACGCCUACAUCGACCUUCGACCUUGGUUUAACUCCAUUAACUACCGACCUGCUGCGUGUGUGAUGGACCUUCCUGUGAUGAACACUGACCCCAUCAGCAGAUACAGCGAGAAGAUGAGGAACGAGCUUGGUAGAGACACUCGGUUCCUCACUUCCUACUCACAGAAGGAGGAAACUCUGCUGGAGGAAUUCUACACCGACACCCAGAUGGAGAUCCUGAAUGAGCGAGGAGAGAGCCUGGGCUUCCUGAGGAGUUUGGACGAGGUUCUGGGGGAGGAAGGUGUGUUCAACCAGCAGGCAGAGACCAUCUUAAUCACAGGAGACGCUGGAGUGGGAAAAUCCAUUCUUCUUCAGAAGCUCCAGAACCUGUGGUCCAAUCGAGCACUGAACACCAGAGUGAAGUUCUUCUUUAAAUUCCGAUGCAGGAUGUUCAGGACUUUCAAAGAGACAGACGAGAUCUCUUUAAAAGAUCUGAUCUUUAAACAUAACUGCUAUCCGGACGAAGACCCGGACGUGGAGGUUUUUAAAUACAUCCUACGGUUUCCAGACACCGUCCUCUUCACGUUUGAUGGGUUUGAUGAACUACAGAUGGACUUUGAUUUGGAGAACGUUCCAGAAGUGGUUUCUCCAGAGGAGAGGACUCACCCACUUCACGUUUUUAUGAACUUGCUUCAUGGAAAAAUGCUCAAAGGCUCUAGAAAGAUCUUGACAACUCGGACUGGCACUGAGAUCCAGAGCAGAGUCAUUCGAAAGAAGGUGUUUCUCAGAGGGUUCUCACCGGAACAUCUCAAGCAAUACCUGUCACAUCAUUUUCCCCUUCAGGAUCCCAGAGACAUGGUAUUGGUGCAGCUAGAGGCCAAUCCUCAUCUCUGUGGCCUCUGCUCCAUCCCGCUCUUCAGCUGGAUCAUCUUCAAGAGUUUUAAGCAUCUUCAGAGCAUGUAUGAUGACGUGGAGCUGCCAGAUUCAUGCAUCACCCUCACCAAUGUCUUCUUGUUGCUGGCCGAGGUGUUCCUGAGUCGGAUCAGCAGGGGUGCAGGAAUGCUCAAAAGGAGCACUCGCUGCACCUCAGACACCUUCAAAUCUGGACUGAAGAUGCUCUUGGCCUUUGCUAAACUUGCUCUGCUGGGUUUAGAGAACAACAGUUUCAUCUACAGCCAUGAGGAGUUUUCUUCCUGUGACUUGAGCAAAGAGGACGUACAGGUCGGAUUUCUGAGGCCUGUCGGUCACUAUGAUGCAUGUGGACGUUCUGCUACGUACGAGUUCCUCCAUUUGACUCUGCAGGCAUUUCUGGCCGCGUUCUGUCUAGUCCUGGAUUCUGAUGUGACUCCUGAUGGGAUCCUGAGGUUUUUUUCCAAGUGUGAAUACAAAAAACCGUCUCGUUUUACCUGCGUUUCCUGUUUGGGGACAUCAUCUUCUCUGAGAGACACAGAUCCCUUCCAAACCAACGAGCACUUUCAGUUCACAAACCUUUUCCUCUGUGGCCUGCUAUCGAAAUCCAAUGCUGUCCUCUUGGAGCACCUGGUUCCUCCAGUAAUCCUAAAAAAGAAGCGCAUGGCUCUGAAGUCCUACCUGACAUCCAGUGUGAAGAGCCACCUGAGCGGCCUGCCUCGUUACCCCAGCACCGACAUUAAGGGCAACAAAGUGCACGCGAUGCCCAACUUCCUCUGGAUGCUGCGCUGCAUAUUUGAGAUGCACAGCGAGGGCGUGGCGCGACUCACGGCCAGAGGAAUCUCGGCCGACUACAUCAAACUGGCGUACUGUAACAUCUCCUCGGCUGACUGUAGUGCCCUCAACUUUGUCCUCCAUCACCACAGGAAGUGUUUAGGAGUCGAUCUGGACAACAACAACAUCAGUGACUACGGAGUCAAACAGCUCACCCCAUCAUUCAGCAAGAUGACCGUCGUCAGGUUUUGUGUAAAUCAGCUCACUGACAGCAGCGUGGAAGUUUUGGCUCUUGAACUCAUCAAACAUAAAAUUGUAAAAGUUUUGGGACUUUAUAAGAAUUACAUCACUGAUGCUGGAGCUGAACUCGUGGCUCAGAUCAUCGAGGAAUGUCCUCACCUCCUCACCGUCAAACUCGGCUGUAAUCAGAUCACGUCUGUGGGAGCAAAGUUUCUGGCUCGAGCCAUUCAGAAGAGCAAAUCCAUCUUUGAUGUUGGAAUGUGGGGGAACAGUAUCGGGGACGAGGGGGCCGACGCUUUCGCUGAUGCUAUAAAGAACCACAAAAGUUUAACUAAUCUCAGUUUGUCGGUUAAUGGAAUCACGGCUGCUGGAGGAAGAAGUUUAGCAAAAGCGCUGAGACAGAAUUCCAGCCUGCACAUCUUCUGGUUGAUUCAGAAUCAUAUUUCAGAUGAUGCAGCAGAGGAACUCGCCUCCGCCUUUCAGAUAAACUCAUCACUCACACACCUGAUGUUAAUUGAUAAUCAGUUUUCUGUUGGUGGAGUUCAGCAUCUUGCUGAAGGUCUGAAACACAACAAAACCAUUAAAGAAGUGAAUCUGAAGGGGAACCUGGUCGGUGCUGAAGAAGAAUCUCAAUUCAGCGAUGAGAAACGACUCCGAUUCAGCUGAAUCACUUCCUGUUUCAUCACACUCAGCAGGUGUACAGGUGCGCCCCGCCUUGCCCCGCCCCAUCACCCCACAGUCCUGCUCAGCUGAUCCUUCACCUGGACUGGUCUGAAGAUGGGCGGAGUCGUGUGUCUGUUUUGGUGGCUGCAGGACCUGAUUUUUGUGGGUGACAUUUUAUUUGGUGUGUACAGAUAUUCUGCAUGUUUCUAUGGAAACAGGGCGGGACAGUGUGAUGUAGGAACUUCCUGUUUUAGAAAGCAUGUCAUGAAACUACAAUAAAGAUUUUAUUAACUGUGA